GUAUCUUUUAGCACCGUAGUUCAGUGACAAAGGUGCUGCCGUUACUGCUACAUGUGCUGAUUUUCACUGCUUACGGUAUCACUACUGCUGCUGCUGCUGUUGAUACUGCUACUGAUACUACUGCUGUUGCCGUUCUUACGCUAUUCCUCCUUUUGCUUGCAAUUAGAAUCAGCAAUAAAUCGCAGAUGGCUCUUUAUGAAAAUACCUCCAUCUCAAAUGGGUCUUUAAAUUAUACCGGAAAAGAAACCAGUUAUACGAGUGAAUCUGAUGACCCUUACGGGAUUGGAAUUUUCAAGGAAUACAUGUUGAAACUCUUGCCUUAUAAUGAAGCAUGGAUUAAGAAUGCAACGUCUUUCAGUGGCACUACUGCAAAAGACCUAAAAGUCAUCAAUAAAGGUACUAAUGGUUCUUUUCAUACUACAAAUGGUUACCGCCUUACUCCUGCAAACAAAUAUGGAAUCGACGAAGCUCCAUCCACAAAUGGUACGUGUAAUGGAGAAAACCACGUCAACGAUGCCCCAUCCACGUAUGGUACGUGUAAUGGAGAAAACCACGUCAACGAAGACCCAUCCACGUAUGGUACGUGUAAUGGAGAAAACCACGUCAACGAAGCCCCAUCCACGUAUGGUACGUGUAAUGGAGAAAACCACGUCAACGAAGCCCCAUCCACGUAUGGUACGUGCAAUGGAGAAAACCACGUCAACGAAGCCCCAUCCACGUAUGGUACGUGUAAUGGAGAAAACCACGUCAACGAAGCCCCAUCCACGAAUGGUACAUGUAAUGGAGAAAACCACGUCAGCAAUACCCAAUACAAGAAAAGUAGACUGACUUCCCAUAAGAUCUACCCAAGUAACAUUGAUGAUACAGCAUACCCCGUUGAAAUAGGUGUUAGUGACACAGUCGGGCGUUAUCUCAAGGCUAGACGUGACAUCUUUGCAGGGGAGAUUCUUUUUGUAGAGCCUCCAGUAGCAAUGGCAACCAGACCAAAGUCUCCACCUCACUGCCAGAACUGCUACAAACAAACAAGCUCAUUUAAAUGCCCAGACUGUGGCUUCUUCCUCUGCGGGCCAGAAUGUCUCACUGAUUUCCACAAGACAGAGUGCCAAUUCCUAAAACGUCUAGGUGCAGCUGAAUGCUCAGAAGGUGAAACAACUGAACAACGAAUUAUGCUGGAGAGGCUUCAACAGAUGCCUCAGGAUAUGCGUGCGCAAGCAAUGGCUAUGAUUGAGAGAGCAAGAGCAGCCUCAAAGGAGCAGAAACAUCGGGAAAUCAUGCAACAAUAUGUCGUUAUGGCAGCGCUUAGAACAAUAUUUCUCAUACAAGAAAAUGAAUUUUAUAAAAGAGUCCUCAAGGCCAUGCAAGCGAACCUUGAACCUGGAAGUGAGCGUUACAAGAUGAACCAAAAUCUAAUAGUUGGCGUCAUAGUUAACAGAUUAAAAGUUUUCGACGACUCUGAACUGGUUCACAGAAUCUGCUCUGUCUGGGACACCAAUGCAUUCCAAGUGGUCCUCCCCAAAAACGGUAGACUCCAAGGACUGUUUCCCUUGGCUGGUCUUAUGAACCAUGAUUGUCGGCCCAAUGCACAGCAAUGGUUCACCGACAAGGGGAACAUGGUCGUAAGGGCUAUAGACCCUAUACCUAGAGGAGCAACUGUUUCUAUUUCCUAUACAGAUCCUCAAUGGAGUACCAUUGUCCGACAAAACCAUCUGCAGAAGUGCAAACAAUUCACCUGUAUCUGCAAGAGAUGCCUUGAUCCUACCGAAAUGGGCACAUUCAUUGGUUCCUUGAUCUGUGCAGAAUGUGGUUCGCCCAUGAUAUCAUCAGCUCCGCUUGACACUUCAGCUAAAUGGGUUUGUACCUCCUGCACCUGCCAACAUACAAUGGAGGCAAAGCAGGGUGAUGAAAACCGAAUCCUAAGCCUCGGAGCCAACUUGGGGGCCCUAACACAGAAGUUGAACCCCAGCAACGUGUCGGCUGCCACUUCAUUAGCAAAACUCCUUGAGAGGCAGGUGCAUCCACACCACUACUCCCUUAUGCAGAUGUACGUGUCCAUAAUUAACGCCUUAGUCCAUAAGGAUUUGGCAGACGUGAACGACGAGGAACUAUGUCGUCUGUCUGGUAUCGUUUCCCGAGUGAUGGAGGUGACGAGGGCGUUGCAAUCUCCGCUCGCCAGGAUUACAGCAUCCGUGGCAAGAGAAGAUCUAAGACUGCGACUGGAAGGCAUCAAAAGAGCCGAGAUGAAAUCUGGAAGGGAUGGCGCUCGUCAGAGAUUGGCGGAAAUGUCUACUCAUCUGUCUGAAUGCGUCGAGGUACUGGGCUGGGAUCCUUCCAUGCCAAGUGCAGCGCCCCUCCUGAGGGAAUACCAGGCACUCGUCAACAAACCUUGAUCGAGACUAAAGACUGAUACAGCAUCUCAGUCUAACUGGAUUUGGGAAAAAUCUCAAGGUGGAUAAAGAAUACGAUUUCAUCCUGAAGGCGGCUGCAUAACACUAAAAGUGAAUUAAGAGCUCAGGCUACAGACAGUCACAUAAGAUCUCAAGGUUAAAUAAGAUUUCCCCCUAAAGAUGAACCACGUUAAGAGCUUUAUGUGAACUAAGAUCACAGGCUAAAAGUAUUUAGUACUUGGGACCUCGUCAAGGUGUAUUAAAUACCAGUCUGGAGUCCAUUAUUAAACAAGAACGUUAGGUGAACGCUUCAGCCUAAAUAUGGAGUCACUGUGCCUCGCUGUAGAACUUCUCGUUCAAGAGGUCCUUUAUUCCCGACACCGCUGGAACUUCGAAAUUUCAAAGGAGGACGCAAUGCAUUACUACCCUAACGCCAUUGUCCUUGCAUUUCAAUAAUAAUCUAAAUAGUAAUUUAUUCAUUUCUUUUUUCUUUUUAAUAUGUAAACCUCUUCUUUCUGUAUUUCCCUUUACCUUCUUUUACUUCCAAAUGAGCACCAUAUUCUUUGGAAGCUUGAAUUUCAGGUCAUUGGUUUCUGUGGGCUUGUUCCACAUGAACAGGGUUCAUUCUUGUAUAAUAAUAAUAAUAAUAAUAAUAAUAAUAAUAAUAAUAAUAAUAAUAAUAAUAAUAAUAAUAAUAAUGCAGAAGAGUGUGAUCCUAGAAACGGCGCACAUAGUAAGAAAAGUGAUGGACUCCUAAGGAGGCAGGAUGCAACCCGGAACCCAACACUAUAAAUACCACCCAGUCGGGAAAAAAAAAAAAAAAAAUAAUAAUAAUAAUAAUAAUAAUAAUAAUAAUAAUAAUAAUAAUAAUAAUAACAACAACAACAAGAUGCAUCAAGGAUGAAAGUUACUGGCAGUCUUCGGCUGGUGACACGGGAGAGAAAAAUCUGCAAUAUUGUUAACUGCGAAGGUAAUAUCUGUAUAUAUGUUUAAUGAAGAACCAUUUUGGCAUAUUGAUAAUCAAUCACUUCCAGAAUCAGCAUGUUUUAUGGUAUAUAUUUUCCCACAAAACUUAUUUAAAUCUUUAAAUUUUUUUAUGAAAAUAAAAUUAUAUGAAAACAUAAUAAAAAAAUACAAAGCUUUCGAUAAAAAAAUAUAUGUUAAAGAGAAGAAAAAUUGCGAAUUGGUUAUACCUGGGAAAAGGAAUUAUAAGAACAAGCAAAAAAUGCGCAGAGGUUUCUUCGGAGCAAUCGAGUUAUCUGCACAGCGUAUAAUGAAGGCCACUGAAAACAUUAUCUUUUGCGGGUCUCGGUAUAAUGCUGUAUGAGCCACGGCCCAUGAAGCUUUCACCCACGGUCCGGUGGUGGCCUGUCCUACAGCUUUGCCAGACACACGAUCAUGGCUAACUUAACCUUAAAUAAUAUAAAAACUACUGAGGGUCGCGGGCUGCAAUUAGGUAUAUCUGAUGAUUGGAAGUUGGAUGGUCAACAUUCUAAUUUGCAGCCCUCUAACCUAGUAGUUUUUAAGACCUGAGGACGGACAGCCGUCUCAAUAGCUUUCAUUUACAGAAAACUGAAAUGAAGCGAAAAGUGAAACUUCCAUAAACUGUGGAAAAAUUAAUUCUCUCCAAAGUACACUCAAGUUACACUGACUGUGGAUAUCAGUUAUCCUUAUCCUUAUGGAGACUGGGAAAGAUGCAUGAUCAAAGUUAUCGACGAUGUUUUGGGUGGCGGAUUCCUCUAAAAAUAGAUGGCAAAGCAAAACUUCGACAAGGAUCUGACUUUCAUCGUUAUCCCAAGCUUUCUUUGAAGAUAUUCUGCCAGAAAUCUUGCACGAAAUCCACUUUUAUUUAACGUACUUUUUGAAGUUUUUUUUUCUUAAUAUACAGGACGCUAGACUAUACGUACAUUACAGAGGAUUUAUUAACAUAAUGGAUUAUGAUCACCAUAUAACAUGACAUGAAAUCAGCAAACAAAUUGGUUAUUGUUUUUGUGAACUUCCCAAAUAACUUAACACCAACGUAGAACAAGUGUAAUUUUGUGAUAUUAGUAAUAAGGCUUCAAUAACGCAUUAGUUUUAAUUUCAAUGAAGUAUUGCUAACUGGUAAGUUCAAUAUUUUAGCACUACUACGUUAUCAAGGCAAACAUUUAUUACGUUGUGACUAACA